AUGAUAAUCAAUGACUUCGAGGUAAAGCGGAUUCUGGUUGACUCCAGAAGCUCGGUCGAUAUCUUAUGCUUGGAUGCCUUCGAGAAAAUGCAUCUGGAGAGGAAGGACUUGCAGCCAACCAACAUCCCACUCACUGGCUUCAUCAAAGAUGUGGUGAGGCCUCUAGGCCGAAUUAAGGUGCAAGUUGCAGUAGGCUCGGAUUCAAAUUUAGUCUGCUUCGAGCACCACUUCCUGGAGGUUACGACUCUACCCCCUUACAAUGCCAUUCUAGGUCAGCCCAUCCUACAUGCACUUCGCGUAGUGGUGUCGACCUAUUACCUCUCGGUGAAGUUUCCAACGAGGUACGGAGUAAGGGUUGUACGAGGCGAUCAACUGGAGUCACGCAAGUGUUAUGCCAUGGUGUUGAAGGGCAAGGGAAAACUAGCAAACGAUGUUGACCUGGAGUCGCCCCCUGAGAACACCGAUGAGCGAGCUUGCCUAAUGGAAGACACUGUCCUGCUCCCAAUCUCAAACAUUGAGCCCUAG